UACACAGUAAAUCACAGCUCAACACAGGAGCGUAUUAAGAGAGGAGGGGGCACGAGCGCAGUCUCCAUCUGGACCCCCUCCUCUCUAGCGCUAGCCGGUGGCGCAAGUGCGUAGACUCUGCUACUGUGCUGAUCUUCGGGAAAAUGGCUGCUACACCCAGUGAUUUCUGCAGCCCUGCCAUUGCCAAUGCUGGACACCACAAAGGAUGAAAGACAUGAGCAAGAAGAAUAAUAUAUUUGCCCAGUUCAGGAAGAAUGACCGGGACAGGCAGAAGUUAAUAGACACCGUGGUGAAACAGCUUAGAAGUCUGGUGAAUGGGAUGUCCCAGCACUCGUAGUGCUGGCGUGGUUCCUUCUGCAAAGUGUACAGAGACCUAUAAUCAGCACAUUUCUUUCCUGCAAUCUUUAUUGUUUCUGCAAAAAGUAAAAAAGAACUGUCACCUCACCCCCAGCACAUUCCUGCAGUCAAUACCAUCACCUCCAAUUUGCCCAAUCCUAGCACUUUCCCCAGCUGCUUAGCUAUGCAGAAAACACGUCACAUAUGAAGGUGGACCAUAUAUUAGCUAGGAGGACGGCUAAACCCUCUGCCUUGAAGUUAUGAGCUAGAACGCUUCAAGACAUCUAUCACUUGACUGAAGACUGUUUCUGAGCAGAACUGAGCUGAGGAUAUCUUCAUGGAUUAAUCAAAGUGUUAAGCAUCUUGCAGAACAGUAACGCCUCCCAGUGCCAAUUAAACCAUUUCCAGCACAGUGACAGAGGCUGAGGCUCCAGAGCUACUGUAGUCACUGUGGGGUUGGAAGUGACACUAAUUCCACUACAUCCAGGAGAUCUGCAUCCGACUGAAGCCUUGCACCCACUGGGGGAGAAGAUGUUCCUCUCUACAGACCUCAAUUACUUCUCAUUCUUUGAGGCGGCUGUUACCUCAGUCCUCUCCUUGGUCCUUCUCCUGGCAGCGUCUCACCAGUUAUGGUCGCUGAGAUGGCACAGUACCAGAGACCGGGCCAGCAGCUUACCUCUCCCCAAAGGCUCUAUGGGCUGGCCAUUUUUGGGGGAGACUCUGCAUUGGCUUGUCCAGGGUUUGGAUUUCCAUAGCUCCAGACGGGAAAAGUAUGGAAACAUUUUCAAGACUCAUCUGCUGGGGAAACCACUGAUCCGGGUGACUGGGGCGGAGAACGUCCGGAAGAUCCUGCUAGGGGAGCACCACCUAGUGAGUGCCCAGUGGCCCCAGAGCACCCAGAUCAUCUUGGGCUCCAACACCAUGGUCACCUCUAUUGGGGAGCUCCAUAGGCACAAGAGGAAAGUCAUGGCCAAGGUGUUUAGCCACCCGGCGCUGGAGGGCUACAUCCCACGCAUCCAGGAGGCUGUGCGCCGGGAGCUGCACGGCUGGUGCAGGGAGAGCGGCUCCAUCUCCAUGUUCUCCUCGGCCAAAGCCCUGACUUUCCGCAUUGCCGCCCGCAUCCUGCUGGGGCUCAGCCUGGGGGAGAAGCAGUUCAAGGAGCUGUGUCGGGUGUUCGAGCAGCUGUUGGAGAAUCUCUUCUCUCUGCCCCUGGACAUCCCCUUCAGCGGUCUCCGCAAGGGUAUUAAAGCACGGGACACUUUGCACAAGUAUAUGGAAGACGCUAUUAGGGAUAAAAUCACAAAGAGAAAUCCUGAAGUAUGUGAAGAUGCUCUGGACUACCUGAUAGACAGCUCCAAGGAGAAUGGCAAAGAGCUGAACAUGCAUGAGCUAAAGGAAUCGGCUAUUGAGCUUAUGUUUGCUGCCUUCUUCACCACUGCGAGUGCCAGCACCUCCCUCAUACUUCUCUUACUCAAGCAUCCAUCUGCCAUACACAAGCUCAAGCAGGAACUGGCAUCACAUGGGUUAAACAAGCAGUGCCAGUGUCUCCAUUCAGAUAACCCAAAUAACAACAGAUUGGAUGAGCAAUGUGUGACUGCAGGUUGCCACUCAUCUCUCCUGGGCCCUGAGGGGCAUGUGACAAAGAUAUGGGAGCAGACAAAACUCAUGUUAGCAGAUAGAAACGUGAGAGAACAGAUUUGUCCUCUGGAAAGAAGAUGCCAUGAUGGUAUGAACUGGGAGCACCAGUGUAAUGGUGCAUUGUACAAGCAGGAUACAGCACUUUACCACCUGGGUACUACCACGUUACCAGAAGAACCUCAUGGACUAAAGUCUGAGUGCACCUGCCAGAUGAACAUGACUUUGGAGAAAUUGAAAGGACUUCACUAUCUGGACUGUGUAGUGAAGGAGGUACUCCGACUGCUCCCACCAGUCUCUGGGGGUUACAGAACUGCUCUUCAAACCUUUGAACUAGAUGGUUACCAGAUCCCCAAAGGCUGGAGCGUUAUGUACAGCAUCAGGGACACCCAUGAAACCGCAGCCAUUUACCAGAAUUCCGAAUCCUUCGACCCAGAUCGGUUCAGUGUGGAAAGAGAUGAAGGGAAAGCUAGCAGAUUCAAUUAUAUUCCAUUCGGAGGUGGGGUCCGAAGCUGUAUUGGCAAAGAAUUGGCACAAGUCAUACUCAAGAUUCUUACCAUAGAGCUUGUUAGUACUGCCAAGUGGGAGCUGGCCACCCCAAGUUUCCCCAAAAUGCAGACUGUCCCCAUUGUGCACCCCGUAGAUGGACUCCAGCUCUUCUUCCGAUUUUUUAAUUCUAAUGACAGUGACACAGGGUCAAAGAAAUGAUGAUUUCUAUAUCCUUGCUGAAGAAUCCUCACCGCUUCUAACACUUAUUUUUUUAUUUAAUUCAGGAUUCCCGAAAGGGUGUCUGUACUAUCUGUAAUGUAGGUAAAAAGAGAUUAUAUUAUUUAUAAUGUAAUAUUUAUAUGUCAAUUAGUUAUUUAAAAAAAAAAAAAAGAUGUGGGUGAUAAAUUAUAAAAGACAAAAAUAUUGAGAUUUUAAUGAUGUGCAUUUUGUUUUGGAGGCAGUUCCAUAAUAUACACUAAUUAUAUUAGACAGUAUUAAUCUUUGUAAUGACAAUUCUGAAAUCUGUAAUAUCUGCCUUAAACAAAUUCAUUUCUAAUGUCAACCUUUGCAGUCGUUCAGUUAAAAUCUGGCAGGGAGAGUGUGACAGUAGUGACAGUUGGGUGCUAUGUACUAAAAGGUAUCCGGAUGAUAGAUCGACAAUGUAUUGGUCAACAGCUAAUAUGUCGCUACAUAUGGUCGACAUGCAUUAGGCUGACAUUUACAAAAGGUCAACAGGUUCAAAAGGUCAACAUGACAAUGACUGACACACAAAUGGUCGACACAUAACCUAUGGUGAGUGAAGCGAGCCACCUUGCCCGAACAAUGGCGAGCGUCUACGUUUGUACUGAUGGUUUUUACAUUAAAUAUACAAGAUUUGGACGAGAAAAUGUGUUGACCAUUUUUGCGUUGACCGUUGUCAUGUUGUCAUUUUCAUUUUGACCCCAUCAACCUUAUGUAUCUGUCGACUUUAACCUUUGUUGACCUUUCAUAUGUUGAGUUUUUGUACCUGGUGACCAAAUCCAUGUCGACCAUUUGGUGCCAACCUUUUGACUGUCGACCAUAUCACUGUCGAUCUGUUAUACCACACCCGCACUAAGAAGAGGUAUCUUGUCAGUACACAAGCUAAUGGUAACAGCACACUGACUAUGUGCCAGCUGCAGUAUUCACAGAGAUAAUCCUGAGUGAUUGUUGUACAGCAAUUUCCUCCUGCUUCCAGUCGCUGAUGAACACUGAUAGGCAAUUCAAAAACAAAACAGGGGCCUCAUUCAGAGAUAAACACCAACCUGAUUUUUCUGCAGUUGAGCGAUUAUUGGCUUACUGUGCGUGCGUCUAAAGGUGCCCAUACACCUAAAGAUUUAUCUUCCAAUCCGGCUGGUUGGAAAGAAAAUCUGGUAAUAUAUGGGAGCUAAUGACAGUUGACCAUUUGAAAUGGUCGUCAUUUGCUCCCAUCCAUGGCCCUCAUUCCGAGUUGUUCGCUCGCAAGCUGCUUUUAGCAGCUUUGCACACGCUAAGCCGCCGCCUACUGGGAGUGAAUCUUAGCUUAUCAAAAUUGCGAACGAAAGAUUCGCAAUAUUGCGAAAAGACCUCUCUGCAGUUUCUGAGUAGCUCGAGACUUACUCUGCCUGUGCGAUCAGUUCAGUGCUUGUCGUUCCUGGUUUGACGUCACAAACACACCCAGCGUUCGCCCAGACACUCCUCCGCUUCUCCAGCCACUCCCGAGUUUUUCCCAGAAACGGUAGCGUUUUUUCAAACACUCCCAUAAAACGGCCUGUUUCCGCCUAGAAACACCCACUUCCUGUCAAUCACAUUACGAUCACCAGAACGAAGAAAAAAACCUCGUAAUGCCGUGAGUAAAAUACCUAACUGCAUAGCAAAUUUAUUUGGCGCAGUCGCAGUGUGAACAUUGCGCAUGCGCAGUUAGCGGAAAAUCGCUUCGAUGCGAAGAAAAUUACCGAGCGAACAACUCGGAAUGACCACCCAUGUCAUUUGCGCCCAUCCAUUAUCAGAUUUUCGUUCCAACCAGCCAAAUUGGAAGAAAAAUCUUUAGGUGUAUGGGCACCUUAAGUAACGUGCGGCUGCAGCAUUUGCAUAUUUUUGCAGUCACUGCGUACAUAUUGGCAGCUGCGGCACAUUACUGUACAUCGCUGAAUCAGGCCCAGAAAUCUGUAAUAAAUUGCUGUGAACACACUCAGUGCACCAGGUAACAGUCACAUACCACAGCUGUACUUUAUCGCAGAACAUUAAAAGCUGGGGAAAGUCGUUCUUGAUGGCAAAUAGAGGAGAGGAAAAUCCCCAUUGUGAAAUCCUCUAAUUAAACACAUUAUAUAUUCAUGGGAAGAUAUCUGCAGAGAUUUUACAGGCUGAAUUUUAAAACCAAUAUGUCUGCAGAAAAAUCUCCAGUGUGACGCUGACCCAAAGCGUGAUCCAAAACCACCUGGGCUGGAUGAUAUCCCACAUAUGCAUGCGUAACACAGUGUACAUUGGAUGUGCUGGCAGAGUGGGGACAGGGUGUGUUAGGAUGUACAGUAACAGAGCUGUUCAUGGGAAUAAAUAUAUUUAAUGGAUAUACGGAAUGCAAUGAUCCCACAAGCUUCCCUGGUGGCAACACAUGGAAACAAUAUCUAUACAAUAAAAAGACACUCGUACUAAAAUUUUAUACUGGAAUGUUAUGCGCGAAUUUGCAUGGGCAUCUGGAAUGAUAUGCAAUGGCACAGCAUAUAGAGUGCCACUUGGCAUUGGGUGACUUGCAUGCCACCACAAUAGGUAGAAAAUGUAUACGUGUUGGCAUGUUCUCCGAACCCCGGGCACAAGAUGUAUAUCUUCUGCAAAAACCUACACAUCACACUGCCCUGUGGGAAGGAGCUAGAACCAGUGCAGGUGCCAUGUACAGUAUUACCUAUCAUUUCAUCAGUAGGUCUGUUCUAGAGGGGAGAUUCCGGGCACUUGUAAUCACCGCUUUGCAUUUGCCUGCCAUGUUUUCCAGAUUCAUCAUAAAUGCAACAAGUUCUACUUGUUUCCUUUUUUGCUUUACUAAAUAGGGAUUGAUCUAUUAAUGUCUGCAGUUUGUCCACAUCUGCUAGUGGGUCACACACGCUGCCAGGGAGGGAUCUGGUAAUACAGACAAUUAUGUAGAUACUUCGCUAAACAUAGAUUUCUCCUGCUACAACCUUAGAUUAGAUACUAUAAAGAUGCCUUAGUCAUGCAGAACUGUACCUGCAUGUUUUUAUCUUCAUACAUAGGCCCCAUAGUGCCUUGUUCACUGUGUACAGAGCCGUUUUCCCGUUGUGCUACUCAUGGACAGAGCAGUAGAGAGAUGUGUAACGGAACCUGGCCCGGAAUCAGUGUAGUGCAAUCUGUCAGCUCCAGUCUGAAGCUGUCAGUCAUUAUGCUUGUUCCCGUGUCAUCUUUGCCAACAUGUGUCACGUCUGCUGCUGAGUGAGCUGGAAACAGAAUGCUCAUGAGAGUAUAGCACAUUAGGAGGCUUGGUGACCCGGUGGACACAGGGUUGGCAAAUGCAUUGUGGGGAGAUGUCAGAAAGCCCAAUGGGAAGGUUCUCACAGGCUGUUUGCUCUUAAUACAUAUGGGCAGUUGUCUAAGAAAAUUCUCUAAUAACAUAUUUUAGUUGUCGGAUUGUCUAUUUUUUUAAGUCUAUGCAAAAUGAUGAACAGCUAUAACAGAUAAAAGAGAUUUAUAUAAAAUGGU